AUGUGGAAUUUUCAUUCAUCUACUGAAAAGAUUUUGAGACGGUUUUAUAUGGAUAAAUCACACCCAUUGAGUAGCCCAAUGAUAGUUAGGUCACUUGAUGUAGAAAAAGAUCCUUUUCGACCUAGAGAAGAACAUGAAGAGCUCCUUGGUCCAGAAGUACCAUAUCUUAGUGCAAUAGGAGCAUUGAUGUAUCUUGCUAAUUGUACAAGACCUGAUAUAGCUUUCUCUGUCAAUUUAUUAGCAAGAUUUAGUUCUGCUCCAACAUAUAGACAUUGGAAAGGGAUUAAGCACAUACUCCGCUAUCUCCAGGGUACUAUUGAUAAAGGAUUAUUCUAUUCUAAUAAUUGUAGGUCACAACUUAUUGGCUACGCAGAUGCAGGAUAUUUAUCUGAUCCACAUAAAGCCAGAUCUCAAACUGGCUAUUUGUUCACUUGCGGUGACACUGCUAUAUCCUGGCGAUCAACAAAGCAAACUCUGGUGGCUACUUCCUCAAAUCAUGCUGAGAUACUUGCAAUUCACGAGGCAAGUCGAGAAUGUGUUUGGUUAAGAUCAAUGACACAACAUAUUCGAGGAACAUGUGGAUUAACAUCUAAUAAAGAAGUACCAACAAUUCUCUAUGAAGAUAAUGCUGCUUGCAUCGCUCAACUUAAAGGAGGACUUAUUCACGAAGUCAUUACCAACAUCAACUUUUGA